UCAUCAGCUUAUGGUAAAAUAUGUUGACUCCAUUCCGCUAUCACACUGAGUGGUUGAUCCGUGUAGAUUAUCGUUAUCAUCGAAAACAAAGAAACAUUAAUGUGGGGGAAGGCGAGGAAAAAUCAAAUGCAAAAAGUUUGGGCGCGCGCACAACUGCAGCGGAAUCACCACACCGCAGGACAAAGAGAGCACGGGUCAUUACGGGUGGACCAAACAAAUGGCAAGGAAGACAAAUUGGCACCACCCCGCCAUCACGGGCGGUAAUAAACUAUCUCGUGUGCUCGUUGCGUGACGAGUUGUCUCGUCAUUAAUAAGCGACAAAAAAAGAAGGUUUACCGAAGAAUAGCUUCUACACGGAAAGGCGACGGAAUAGAUCAUUGGUGGGAGAAAAUUCACAACAACGCCACGAGUUGGACGCCCAGUCUCUGCGGGCAUCGGGGUCUGAUCGAUAAUCCCUACGGUGUGUGCAUUUAUUUGUUGGCCCGUACGUGCAGUAUGAUUUUAAUAAUAUCUCAAGGAACUCUAGCAACACAAUCGCUCGUGUCGACGGAUGCGCGGAAGUGCCACCGGUGCCGGAAGGAAAAGCGAAUGCCGUGCUACCGAAUGAGCAAGGUGCAAUAAUGAAACCGAAUGACGGUCUUAAACCCGCAGACGAGAUCGACGAAAGUCCGCUAAAGCUCGUUAGCAAACAGUUUCUCUGCUGCACUCCGAUACGUUUGAUCCGCUGGCAUGGUUUGCUAGAACAGGAACUAAACUGGGACGAGCAGGCGGCACUGCUGGACGCUACUGUAGAUCAUCCGCUGGUCCAGUGCUACCCACUCAGUGCCGAGUAUCAGGCCGCCUUUCUAAAGUACAUCAUCGCGCAGCUAUCUAGCAUGAACACGGAGCAUCACGACCGGCUGAUGGAGAAGUAUUGCGCGAUGCUUUUGCCCGGUACGGAACUGCCCCUGGAUGAUCCGUCGAUCGGGCUCAGCUACAAGCACUACGAGCUGCCGCACGGACAGGGCGUAAUAUCGCUGAAGGAGUCGGGCGCGUUCGUAUCGGAAGGAACGACGGGUUUGUGCAGUUGGCAGGCGGCCAAAGCGCUCUGUGAACACAUAUCGAACAAUCGGGACGAUUUCCACGGACGGAACAUCCUCGAGCUCGGGUCCGGCGUUGGCCUGUCCGGCAUCUAUCUGGCGAAAUGCUACGAACCAUCGAUCAUAGUGAUGUCGGACUGCCACUCGUCGGUGCUGUCGGCGCUGAAGGAAAACGUUCGGCUGAACUUCCCCAAUGCUGCGCCGGUAGAGUGUGACAAUCCGCUAGUCAGCUUGCUGCUGGACAGUGGUAAUACGCUGAUGGGUGUGAUGGAUCUGGACUGGCAAUACAUCAGCGCAUCCAAUCUCAGCCAGCUGAUCGAGCCGGACGUGAUCGUGGCGGCUGACAUUGUGUACGAUCAUACACUCUUCCCGGCACUGCUGUCCACGCUGAACUACAUCUUCUGUCUGUCGCACAAUCGGUGCAAGUUCGUGCUCGCUUGUACCGAACGGAACCAGGACACGUUGAACGAAUUCCUGCAGCUUUUGAUAACGGCAAAGUUCCGCAUUAACGAAGAGACGGUUUCACCAUCGCGCCACUUUCAUUGGGAUAGUAGCGCGUCCAACAUACGUAUCUUCACGAUAUCAAGAGCAUUCUCCUAAGCUACUCACAUUCGCACCGCAUUACACGAUGAUCAGUCGUCGAGUUGCAAUUUCUUUCAGCUUUUGAAACAGAGAGAGGAAUAGAGAGAAAGAGAGAGAGAGAGAUAUCAUUUUCUAUUACACUUCGACGCGGAGUACCUUUUAUCACACUUCACCACCGCUACCACCAAAACGCUAUAUGCUUUGGUUAUGCUUCUAUCUAAAAUGAAAACUUAUCCAAACUAUACUUACUCUAUUGUCUACCUUUCACUUUCUAAAUGAAUUGUAACAAUUUUCAUAUUCUCAAUGUCAGAGGGACCACCAGAACCAGACAGCAGAACCGUACACAUAUGAUACAACACCAAAAGGGAAACAGCAGAAGAGAUUACGUUUCAACCUGAAAAAGACAAACACACCUACAAAAUUACACAGACACACACACAAAUACACUCCCAAACAUACCACGGAACGGUACAAGUUAACCUGUGUAACCUGUGUUUUAGAUACAAACAAAUACGUCCACUUUAGCCCAACACUAUGUGCUAGUU